GGCAAAAAAUUAUCAAAAACUGUUUUGUUCUACAAUUAGUAAAAUAUAUUUUGUAAACCUUUAAUGAAAAAAUGAACAAAGAAUUAUUGCAACCCGUGAAUCCAACGAAUCCGUUAGUUUUCUUCGAUAUUAACAUUGGCCAGGAAUUUGCUGGACGUAUUAUUAUUGAAUUGCGUAAAGAUGUAGUUCCUAAGACGGCUGAAAAUUUUCGUGCAUUAUGUACCGGCGAAAAAGGUAUAGGCACAUUGGGUAAGCCAUUGCAUUACAAAGGUGUGCGAUUCCAUAAAGUCACUCGAGUAUAUGUGGCCCAGAGCGGUGAUGUGGUAAACAAUGAUGGAUCAUGUGGCGAAAGUAUAUAUGGUCCGAUAUUUGAAGAUGAAAAUUUUAAGUUAGAGCAUUCUGAUGAGGGCUGUGUUAGUAUGGCAAACUAUGGUCAACCCAACACAAAUAACUCUCAAUUUAUAAUAUCAUCGGUAGCGUGUGACAAUCUUAAUGGAACAAAUGUGGUUGUGGGAAAAGUGCUUAGAGGUUUGGGUAUUAUUGGUGAUAUGGAACAGAAUACUGGCGAUGACGGCAAGCCCCUUGAGGAUAUUGUUGUAGUUAAUUGUGGUGAAAUACAGCCAGGAGAAGAUUGGGGUAUAAAUGAUGCAGAUGAAACUAAAGAGUGUCUGCCGCCAUAUCCACAAGAUUGGGAAGAUAAGUUAAAAGAAUUUACGACUGAUGAAUUGAUAGAAAUAUUGACCAAAAUACGUAAUGCUGGCAAUCAUUUUUUUACCCAGGAAAAAUUCAAUGAGGCUCGCCGCAAGUAUCGCAAGGCCAAUCGUUAUUAUAAUCUUCUAAGGAAACGCUACGAUUGGCAAGAACUGUCACAUAUUGAAUGCUCCGAUGAUGAUCUCAAGAAAUUAGAUCAAUUCUCCGUGGUGAAUAAUGUUAACAUGGCUGCUGUUGAAUUGAAAUUGAAAAACUACGCCAACGCCAAGUACUGUUGCUCGGAAGCUAUACGUCUGGAUAACAAUUAUAGCAAGGCGUAUUUUAGACGCGGUCAGGCACAAAUAGCCCUCAAAAACUAUGAGGAUGCCAUAAACGAUUUGAAAAUGGCGCACGAAUUUAUACCCGACAACAAACAUAUUUUAAAUGAACUCAAUCGUGGCAAACAAUUGAUGGCUGAAUACAAUCGCAAUCAAAUGAAAAAGCUAAAAACUCUUUUUAACUAAAUUGAAAAAUAAAACACAAAUCUCAGGGGUGUCAAUCAAAAUAUCGGAGGGCUUAAAGUUUAACAUGAACAAUGUGUGUGCUUGUUUUGAAAUACAUAAGAAGCUGGUAUUUUGUAUGAUUGCUAACGAUAAGAAUUAACUCUUAACUAGGAAGCUAUUUUAUUGCUAUUUGUUUUAACUUCAAAUUUUUAUAAUUGUUUUAUUAAUUGUUAAGAUAUAAUUAAAUGUUGUAAGUACCAGAUGAUCUAUUAAUGUUUUAUAGGUGUAUGAAAUUAUAUUGUAAUAAACGAUUUAAAGAUAUUUUCAAAA